AUGGAAUACGAUUUUGACAAUAAAGAAAACAUAGAGAAUAUUGAUAUGAGCAACAAGCUUUAGAAAUCUUAAUCAUUUAUUCCUCAUGAGAACUCCUCUCUGCUUGAAAACUCUACCAAAGCUGAAUCAAUAAACUUCACAUCACCUAUAAUUAAAAAGCGAAAGACUUUUAUUGAUAGACACUAGAUCUUGAACCUUGACCAACUGCACAUCAAUCCAAAGAAAAUUGAAUGCAAGAAGUGUAAGGGGGUAAUGAUGCAUCCACUUUAGUGCCAUGGAUGUCACUAGAACUAUUGCUAGAAUUGUUAUGAAGUUAAGAUUCUUGAAGAUGGAAGACAGUUCUUAGAAUGCCCCAAGGGAUGCCUGAAUCAAAAUUUGUAGGAACCUAAAUAUCUUUAAAAGAAUUUAGCCAAAUUCAAGAACUUCAUUGUCAAUUGUCAGAAUAAAGAGAAAGGAUGUCAAUCCUAGAUGAAUUUACAAGAGCUAGAAAAGCAUCUCCAUAGUGAGUGCCAGUAUGAGAAUGUGAUGUGCUCAAAUUUCGGAUGCUUAGAGGAGAUGCCUAGAAACUAAUUUGGAGAACAUGACAAGGCUUGCCAAUAUAAGACAAUUAAAUGUGAAAAAUGCGAGACAAUGAUAGUCAAUGGUACAGAACACGAUUGUGUCAUAAGUUUAAGAAAAAGGUGUGAACUUAUAGAGGCCAAAUUAUUAGGCUUAAAGGAUAAAAUGGAAGUUGAAAAGGAAAAGCAUAAAUCUGAAAAGAUACAAAAGAUCCAGAGAUUUGAACUUAUAUUACCUCAGCUAAAAAGUAUAUAUUUCAGACCUGAUUUCCACGUGCAAUCAAAUAGUGCAUUUAUACUUCAGCAGGAUAUCAGAAUGAUUCCAAAAGACACUUAAGCUCUAAUUCUUAGAUAUACUUUAACUGAUUUGAAUGUCAGAAGACUUAUUAGAUCUUUCUAGAUAUCACAAUAAGAUGAUAACAAUGUAAUAGAAUUAGGAAACUAUUUCACAAUAGGAACUUAAUCUAUUCCAUAAAUAGGAAUGUCUACAGAAAUACUUAUGCCUUGGGAUAUGUCUAAGUCAUAAACUUUAAAAGCAAGCAUUACCCUUCACUUUCAUUAAAACCCAAAUAUUUUUAUUCCCAAUGUAUAUCAAUAUGCCUCAAUUGUACUGGCUGGAGUUUAGAAAAAGUUUGAGUCCUUUCUACAAAAGUAAAUAGAGCAGCUCAAUAACGAUGCGAAGAACACCCAUGAGCAGAAAGCAUUGAAGAACUAAAAUUCGAAAAAGACGAAGGAUAAGCCAAGAAGAUCUCAUUCAAGAGAGGGUCAUAGAAAAUCAAUGAUGGUCACUGAUCCUCAGAAAAAAAUGGACUUAAGUAAUUAGCUCAACUUGGUAGAUGAUCAUAGCCACGAUUAAAAUACAAGAGAUAACUCCUUAUUAAUUCCAAUCACCUAAAAAAGAAGGCCCUCUGAGUCUAAUCCAUCUGAUGACACAAAUACAAGAGACCCAAAUGACAUUAAGAAGAUAUAAAAGAUAGCUAAGUAAAUUCAAUAGCAUGAAUCAGCUUAAUUGAGUGAUUCAGAAGAAAAUAAAACUCCUAGUAAAUAAAAGCAAAUCAAUACGACUCUAGAAUAACCAUAGUAACAAGAAACCCCUGUUCAUCCGACAAAUCUUAACUAAAUGAUUUAAGAGCAAAAACAAGAGAUCAUGGAAAAAAGAAAAUCAAUCUUAGUUAUUGAGCCUGUUAAUUUACUUUAGAUUAGAGAAGAAUAAUAAGACGGUAAAACAAAUGUGAAGAAAGUAAGUUAAAAGCUACUAGAGACAAGAUAACUUUAGCAAUAGAAGAUUAUAUAGUAAACCCCUCCAAUAAAAAAUAAACUGAAUUUAUAAACAGCUGAGGAUAAGUAAAAAGAACAAAUUAGUAAGAGAGUGCUAGAGCAUGAGCAGCUGAUUCAUAAAGCUGUAUUUUCAUAAGAAUCAAUACCAAUAGGAACAUAGCCUUCUCCUAAAAAACGAAUAGAUAAUGAAUCCAAAAAGCUUCACAAAAGAGCAUAGUCUAUUUCAUCAGUUGGGGCAAAGGAUAGAGAUUCUAAUAGUGUAUCAGACAGUGAUGAAGAAAUGCUUUAAAAGAGAGAUUCUAUAAUUGAUCAUCAAUAUAAUGAAAUAGUUAAUGAAUACAAGCAAAUAAGUUAAAAUGUUUCAAAAAUUACAAAGGAUGUUAGUGGAAAGGAAGAGAUUGAUUAUUUGAUAGUUGAAGAUAGUCAGAGUGAACUAGAAAAUAAUGAAUGA